AUGACGGAUGAAAAGAAGUUAUCGACGAUCCAGGAACCCCCGUUAGACUCGAUUAGCGAGAGCACCAGUGUGCUGAGUGACUACCAUGCUGAAGAAGUCCUGCCCUACGAAGCGGAUGAUUCGCCUUUCCCAGAGGUCCGCGCGGUCGUGCGGCCAGUCGACGACCAUAAUUUGCCGAUUAACACGGUGCGCAUGUGGGUGAUUGGUGUUGUCUUUACCAUAGUAGGCAGCGGCCUAAAUCAAUUCUUUAGCUUGCGACAGCCGAGCGUAACCAUCAGUGCAUUAGUCGCUCAGCUGCUGGCCUAUCCGAUCGGAUGCGCUUGGGCACAGUGGGUGCCGCUAGGUUGGCUGAACCCGGACCGCCAUUUUAACAUCAAGGAGCAUGCCCUGAUCACGAUCAUGGCCAAUGUCUCUUUCGGGUCAGCGGCAGCGACCCAGAUGAUCGAGGCCAUGGUGAAAUUCUACGAGAUGCCUUCGCAGGGCGGCUUCGAAAUCUUGCUGGUCGUUACGAGUCAACUGUUCGGAUUUGGCCUGGCCGGCAUGGCUUCGCGCUGGCUAGUGGGCCCGGCUGCCAUGAUCUGGCCGCAGGUGCUGUCGAACGCAGCCCUACUUUCGACCCUGCAUUCGCGCAAAAAUCUCGUGGCCGACGGGUGGACCAUCAGCCGACUCCGCUUCUUCCUGAUCGUAUUUGUUUUGGGAGCCAUCUGGUACUUUGUGCCAGGCUACCUCUUCUCUGCGCUCAGUACCUUCAGCUUCAUCUGUUGGAUCGUGCCCAACAAUGUCGUGGUGAAUCAGCUCUUUGGCCAGGUGACAGGUCUGGGAAUGUCCCUGUUGACCUUUGACUGGGCCCAGGUCGUUUUCGCGAACCAAAGUCCCCUGUUGGUACCCUUCUGGGCGGGCCUCAAUGUGAUGGGCUCGUUCGUCUUGUUCUACUGGGUGAUCUGUCCGAUCGUUUACUAUACCAACACCUGGUACUCGGCUUAUCUGCCGAUCCUGAACUCGAACACAUUCGACAACACUGGCAAGGCUUACAACACUUCUCGUGUGAUGAAUUCAGAUGGGUCCUUCAAUGUAGACGCGUAUCGCGAUUACUCCCCCAUGUUCCUGCCUGCGGGGUAUGCCUUGACUUAUGGCAUCGCAUUUGCUAACCUCACUGGUAUCUUCUUCCAUGUCGCCUUAUAUCAUGGUAAGGACUUGGUCGAACAGUGGAAAGGACGUGAUCAGAAGGAUGUUCAUUCUCGGAUUAUGGGGACUUAUAAGAGCGUCCCUUGGUGGUGGUUUGCUGCCGUCACCGUCCUGAUGUUUGUGCUGAGUAUAGUGACAAACGAGGUAUGGCGAACGGAUCUGCCGGCAUGGGCGGUGCUGGUGGCAUUCCUUCUCCCCAUCAUCUAUUUUAUCCCUGUCGGGAUCAUCAAGGCCGUCACCAACAUCUCCAGCAAUCAGCUCAAUCUGAUUACUGAAUUCAUUGGGGGAUAUGCUUUCCUCGGUCGCCCGGUCGCAAAUAUGGCUUUCAAGUUUUACGGCUAUGUCGCCGUAUCGCAGGGCCUGGAAUUUGUGGCGGAUAUGAAAUUGGCACAUUAUCUCCACAUUGCCCCCCGAACGUUGUUCAUUGCGCAGGGGAUGGCCACGCUCAUUGGUGCUGUGGUACAGUGUGGUGUGACGGUGUUUAUGCUCACCCGGAUUCAUGGCGUCUGUACACCACAAGCUGCAGGGGGAUUCAGUUGUCCGCAUGGAGCGGUUACUUACUCCUCCUCCCUGAUCUGGGGAGCCCUUGGUCCUGAACGGAACUUUUCCCCGGGCCAUCUUUAUGGCAGCCUGCUCUGGUUCUUCCUCGUAGGCCCAGUGGUUGUCGUUCUCACGUGGCUGUUGGGCAGGCGGUGGAAGAAGAUAAAUUACCUUUCUUGGCCGGUGGCCUUUGGCGCCAUGAGUCUGGUUCCUCCGGCGACAGGCAUCAACUUCUCGUCUUGGUGGGUAGUCAAUGUCAUUUUCAACGGCAUCCUGAAGCAACGCAAGCCGGCUUGGUGGUCGAAGUAUAAUUAUGUGCUCUCUGCUGCCCUCGAUGCCGGGGUUGCGGUGGCGACAGUUAUCAUCUUCUUCUGCAUCACCCUGCCUGCAGGGAGUCUGAGCUGGUGGGGGAAUACAGUUUUUCGUCAGACCACGGAUGCGCAUGGAACUCCAUAUCGCACUUUGCCAGCAGAGGGGUACUUUGGACCUGCCAAAGGCACUUGGGAAUGA